AUGAGAGCGGAAGUCCAGAUGGAGCCAGCAGGCGGGGAGGGUCACAGUGACGCCGACCCUCUGCUGCAGAAUCAGGCCGAUUCGCCUCUGUCGUCUCCUGCAAGCCCCAGCGAGAUCACGAACGAGGAGGAUGAUCUCGAGAACGGGUCGGUCCCCACUUGCCGCAUUUGCCUCGAGAGCGAUUGCGAGCCAGGAGAUGAGCUGAUAUCUCCAUGUAUGUGCAAAGGCACUCAGCAGUUUGUUCACCGUGUGUGCCUUGAUCAUUGGCGUGCAGUUAAGGAAGGAUUUGCUUUCUCUCACUGCACUACUUGCAAAGCACAGUUCCAUCUUCGAGUUGCAUUGCUUGAGGUGAAUUCUUGGCGUAAAAUAAAGUUCAGACUUUUUGUGACAAGGGAUGUCCUUGUCGUGUUUUUGGCCGUACAAACAGUGAUUGCUGCUAUGGGCGGCUUUGCCUUCCUAAUGGACAAAGAUGGAGCCUUUAGGAACUCAUUCAGUGACGGUUGGGAUCGAAUACUGUCUAAACAUCCCAUUCCCUUCUACUAUUGCAUAGGAGUUUUGGCUUUCUUUGUGCUGCUCGGGUUCUUCGGCCUUAUACUACAUUGCUCGACCCUCAACAGCAGUGAUCCUCGGAUGGCCGGAUGCCAGAACUGCUGCUACGGAUGGGGAAUCUUGGACUGCUUCCCUGCAUCCAUGGAAGCAUGUUUUGCCUUGGUACUGGUGUUUGUUGUCAUUUUUGCCAUCCUCGGCAUAGCUUAUGGCUUCCUUGCUGCCACCAUGGCUAUUCAAAAGAUCUGGCAGAGACAUUACCACAUCCUCGCCAAAAGGGAGCUAACUAAGGAGUACAUAGUGGAAGAUCUUCAAGGAUGCUAUACCCCACCAAAGCUUGACGCGGAACAUGAAGAGAAGUUGAAAAUGCUUAAGCUUUUGUAA